GGACCACGUAUACGACCACGUACGUACGCGUUCUUAUCGUCAGCCUUCAGUUGACAGUUGAUAAAAGUGUCGUAACCUCUCGUACGAUUCUUCCCUCGAGAUUAUCGUCGUAAUUUCAGUGUCAGAAUUAACCAUUUUCGAUCAUGUCGCUGGACGAAAGAUUCAAUCAUGCUGCCGCAGAGGUAAAAGAAUUGGCUGCGCAGCCAGAAGACGAACAUCUACUUGAACUCUACGCAUUGUACAAGCAAUCCACCGUAGGUGAUUGCAAUACAGAGCGGCCAGGUAUAUUGGACUUUAAAGGGAAAGCAAAGUGGGAUGCUUGGAAUGGUAAAAAAAGCCUGGAACAAGAAACGGCGAAAGAGCAAUAUAUUGCUAAAGUGGAGGAAUUAAUCGCCUCGAUUGGAAAAAAGUAGCCGAUUCAUUAUCACGCAUAUAUGUGCGCAUAAAUAUUCGCGUGUAAUCUUACUGAAAUGUCUACGAAACUUUUCAUUUGUAAUAGAGUAGCAGGAAGCAUUAUACACGCACAUACGAAUAAUUGCAUAUAGUAUGAUAUCAAUUUUGUAUUGUUCAGCAACUACACGCACUUGUAUAGGGUGCACAUUUUUGUUCCGUUCAUUUAUAAAUCUUGUAUCUACUUUAUUACAGUCAGCAUAAAAUUACUUCUGGCAUAUA